UGGGGCUGGUGUCUGGGCUCAGCCUGGAGCCCGUCUACUGGAAUUCGGCGAAUAAGAGGUGAGCGGCCCGGGGGUGGGGAUACCCCACACCCUGUGGGCAGGGAGUCUGGAAGCCUUAGGGACUUUGGGGGCUGGGUUCUCGGAGCUGGGAGGAGGCGGAGGGAGGGUGCUGGUGAUCGGAUGUGAGCUGAUGGGCAACCAGACAGAGGUGGUCUUGGGAGCCAGACUCUCGGGCCAUGCACAGAGCUGGAUGCGGGUGGUGACAACCAUGUGUCAGGAGUUUGAAAGACCCCCAAGGGGCAAGGAUUUGAAAGAUCAUGGGUAGCCGGGAGGACAGUGGAGUGGUUAUUUGGGUUUGUGGGAGACCUGUGUGGUGUCGGGGGCUGGGCUUAGAGGGAGCCUGGUUAAUGUCAGCUCUCAGGAGAGCAGCUGAGUAGGUGCUGCUGAGGUGCUGAGAGGAAGGGCAGGGUGCCUCCCUCCCCAGAAGGGACUCAGUGGUGGAAAUGGGAGGGAAGGGCUCUCAGUUUGGGGGCACUGGGGACAACUCCCCCAAGGCUUUUUGACCCUUCUUCACACAUCCGUCUCCUAACUCUUGCCCACAGCCGGAGGGUCUGUGAGUCCUUGGUGGAACAAUUUCCCAACCAGAAGAUUUUCCUGCCUUCCUGGCUUGGAGAUUUCUUUCUGGAAGAAGCCUGGAGCCCCCUAAAGCCCCCACUUUCCCUCUUGCAUCUGGAGUCCUGAGGACUCCGUUGCCCCCUCCCCCAUCUUUGCUGCAAACUCUUCCAUCAGACCCUCUGUUCUGAGGCAUGCUUGCUUUGCUCUGAAAAAAGGCCAGGGGUCAGAUGAAACUUCAAGCCACACAGAGUAGGACAGAACCCUUGGGAGGUCAUUUGGGUCCCUUGCCUCCAUGCAGAUCCUAUUCCCUGUUAGCAAAAGAGUUUUGUGUUUUGAAAACUUCCUAAUUGCCUGGGGAGGCUGUGUGAGGCCAUGCAAAGAGGGUGUGCUUUGGAGCUCAUCAAAUCCUAGGUCUUAAUCCUAGCUCUGCUGCUUUCUGUUGUGUGGCCUUGGGCAAGUCACUUAACCUUCCUGAGUUUGUAUCCUCAAUCCUUACAGGUUUUAUGAAGAUUAGAGGUAAGGUAUUUGAACAUAUUAUAUGCUCAUUAAAGGAGAACUAGGGUAAUUAUUCUUCCUCUCUUUACUUCACAGCUUCCCUCACAUUUCCUGUCCUGGCCUCCCUCCCAUAUCUCUUGGGGUCUAAUCUCAAAUGUCUUUUCCCCUCUCAGUCUCCUACCCACCAACUCCCAGAUGCAGUUGGAGUAUCAGGAGCAGUGUGAGGAUGUUCCAGGCAGAGGGUGGUUACGUGCUCUACCCUCAGAUCGGGGACCGGCUAGACCUGCUCUGCCCCCGGGCCCGGCCUCCUGGCCCCCACUCCUCUCCUAAUUACGAGUUCUACAAGCUGUAUCUGGUAGGGGGUGCCCAGGGCCGGCGCUGUGAGGCACCCCCUGCCCCAAACCUCCUUCUCACUUGUGACCGGCCAGAUCUGGAUCUCCGCUUCACCAUCAAGUUCCAGGAGUAUAGUCCUAACCUCUGGGGCCACGAGUUCCGCUCACACCACGAUUACUACAUAAUUGCCACAUCGGAUGGAACCCGGGAAGGCCUGGAGAGCUUGCAGGGAGGUGUGUGCCUCACUAGAGGCAUGAAGGUGCUUCUUCGAGUGGGACAAAGUCCCCGAGGAGGGGCUGCUCCCCGAAAGCCUGUGUCUGAAAUGCCCAUGGAAAAAGACCGAGGGGUGGCCCACAGCCUGGAGCCUGGGAAGGAGAACACAGCAGGUGACCCCACCAGCAAUGCAACCUCCCGGGGUGCUGAAGGCCCCCUGCCCCCUCCCAGCAUGCCCGCAGUGGCCGGGGCAGCAGGGGGGCUGGCGCUGCUCUUGCUGGGCGUGGCAGGGGCUGGGGGUGCCAUGUGUUGGCGGAGACGGCGGGCCAAGCCUUCGGAGAGUCGCCACCCUGGUCCUGGCUCCUUCGGGAGGGGAGGGUCUCUGGGCCUGGGGGGUGGAGGCGGGAUGGGACCUAGGGAGGCUGAGCCUGGGGAGCUAGGGAUAGCUCUGCGGGGCGGUGGGGCUGCAGACCCCCCCUUUUGUCCCCACUAUGAAAAGGUGAGUGGUGACUAUGGGCAUCCUGUGUACAUCGUGCAGGAUGGGCCCCCCCAGAGCCCUCCAAACAUCUACUACAAGGUAUGAGGGCUCCUCCGACCUGGCUGUCCUGGAUCCAGCCCUUUGUGGGGUGCUCCUCCAGUUUAAUUCAUGGUUUGAGGGACACCUCUAGCAUCUCCUUGGCCCCCUUUGCCCCCCCAGCUCCUUUGCUCCUCCUGGCUCUCACCUCUUCUCCACUUUUAGGAUUCCCUAAGACAUCCACCCAAUGACCGCCUGCCCUCUGGUUGGCUGUGUGUGCCCCUCUCUGUCUCUGUGUUCCUGGGUCCUAUUCCCCUGGGGAGGGGGCAAAGAUUCAGCCUCUUCGUCUAACCAUGACCCAGGGAUCCUUGUCCCCCUCACCCACUGAGAGCUAGGGGUGGGAACAGUCUGUCUUUUGGUUGGCACCUCUUUCUGCCUCUCACUGUUUUUCUCUUCUUUUCUCCUCUCUCUCUUAUUUUCUGUCUCUCUCUUCUGUCUCUAGGUCUGUUCCUCUUCCCUAGCAUCCUCCUCCCUGUACCUCCUUUUAUUUACCCUCUUGGCUUCUUAUCCUGUACCUCUCCCAUCUCCAGGGUGGGGGCAUCAAAGCAUUUCUCCC